UCUACUGAGAGUUUGCGAGCAUCUGAUCAUUGACACAAUUGUCGUUUUUUAUUGUUGCGUGGUUAACUCCAGUUGAGUGAAGCGCGAGAAGUCUUGUUAUCAUUUUUUUAUCGUUGAUCAUUUGGUAGGUGGAUUCGUUUAAUUGAAUAUUAGAAUAAUAUAAUGGCAGAUACAACAGUCGAUGCUACGAGACGGCUAAAUGUCAAGAAACAAACUCUCGACGAUGCAUACGCCGCUCCAGCCAAUUUCCUAGAGAUCGAUGUGAUCAACCCAGUCACUCACGGUGUCGGCAAAAAACGUUAUACUGAUUAUGAGGUUCGCAUGAAGACAAACUUACCAGUCUUCAAAGUGAAAGAGUCAAGUGUCAGGAGAAGAUAUAGUGACUUUGAAUGGUUAAGAAAUGAACUAGAAAGAGAUAGCAAGAUCGUAGUUCCCUCAUUGCCGGGCAAAGCUUGGAAACGUCAAAUGCCUUUUCGAGGAGAUGAUGGUAUCUUUGAAGAAGACUUCAUUGAAGAUCGCAGGAAGGGUUUGGAAGUAUUCGUUAAUAAAAUUGCAGGUCAUCCUUUAGCACAAAAUGAAAGAUGUUUACAUAUGUUUUUGCAAGAGCCGGUGAUAGAUAAAAAUUAUGUUCCUGGAAAGAUACGGAAUACGUAGAUAUUUUUUACAACCAUUUUUCAGAUUGAUUAUUGCAAACACAUUACAAAACCAGUAUAUCAUUGUUGUCGGAGUAUUUUGAUUAUUUCGUAUAUCAUUUUUAUUUGAAAUUUUCAAUCAUUAAUUUCUAUAAUAAGAUUAUUAUUUUUUUUUUAUAAUAAAUUAUUCAAAUCACAUGAUCUUCAACUUGAAAACGACUCAAGUCCUAUAAAAGCCAUUUCAAAAUAUUUUUUAUCACAUCUGAUGUGUGAGGAUAUGCGUGUUUAGAAACAAAUAAAUGAAGAUUGUUGCAAAAAAUUUAUUAUUGAUGAAUGAAUUAGGUAUAAAAAUACCUCAUAUAAAAUUAAAAUGAAUGAAUUUAAUUCAGAAUUUAAAUAAGGUAAACAAUAUGACACAUUCUUGAGAGGGUCAGUUAACCCAUGACAUAGAUUUUUGUUCCAUAAGCAAAUUUUGAAAUGGAUAUUUAGAAUUUUUAAAAUAAAAUUAUCACGAUAAUUUUUGAUACUUGAAAAUUAAUCUUUCAAAAAUCAGGAAAUUUUAAAAUUGGAUAGAAAAUAUUCUUGUACUUGUCAAGUGAAUGCAGGAUAUGAUGAGCAACAGUCUUCAUCCUAAUAAAUUAUUGUAUGAAAAAACGAGAAACGUUAAAGAAAGAAUAUGUACAAGGACCGAAGUUUUGCAAUAUAAAUAUAUAUUUAUAAUUAAUUGUAAUGCUCAGAUAUUUGUAGCAUCAUUUAAUUUUUAUUAUUUUUCUGAAAGUGACAAAGAGAAUAUACGUAAAACAUAUUAAUUAAUUAAUUUUAUUUAUUAAAAUUAUUAAUUAAUCAAUUAAAUAAAAUGUUAAGGCAUGAAUAAUUUAAUUAAAAAUAAUUUAGACUUUUAAAAUAAGUUUAAACAGCAAUUGGCAAUUUAGUAGCCUUAAAAAUGUUUGAAUGUGAUUAUGAUGGAAGUAUUUGAAGUACGUAUGAUAUUUGAUAGAAUUCAUGCGCUAUGUCAACUAAUUGAGUGAUUUGUACAUUAAUUAAUAUGAAAUUUGUCAAGCACUUUUUUGGAAUUACAUAGUAUAUCAUAAAAUACGAAUAAUACGAUGUGCAAUUUGAUUUGCACUGUCGUGAUCUAUAAAAUAAAUUAUAAAAAAAUAAAAUUAAUUUUCACGAUA